AUGAAGCACAGAGUUGUUCUAGUGAACAGUGGGAUAGAGAGAAAUAUUGCAGCAAUACACGGGAUGGGUGAUGACCUAGUGCCGCCUUUGAAACUUGUUCGAGAUCCUUCUUUGGUGAUAGAAGACGAAGAGCAGGAACCUGCGAACCCUGCAAAGAUCACGCGAAAGAAAGCAGAGAUUCUGGAGUACCAGGCACCAGAAGACAUAAGAAUGCAUAAAGAGGAAAGAGUUCCGUGGCUGCUGGAGGACAGCGAGCAAAGGUCUUUUAUUGGAAGGAAAACACAAAUAAAGGUAACUGAGGAGUCAAAAAGUGCAUACUAUGCGAUGAUAAAGGACAAGAAUGAAAUAAAGCUGCACAGAAUUGGGAAGUGGUACAAGUUCUCCCCAAAGAUCCAGUAUGAAACACUCACCCUAGAAGAGGCAGAGGAAAAGAUGCAAAGAAAAUCAAAAGACGCAGGGUCCGACAAAGAGGCAUCCAAAAGGGCAGUGGAGGAGUACAAAGAGGAUGAGCUCGAGUACAAAGAGGUAUUUGACGAUGAUGAUGGCGAAAUUGACAUAGAGCGGGUUGAGAAAAAGAAGAAGAGGCUGGAUACAGCAGGAAAAGACUUAAAAAAGCUUGUAAAGAACUAUGAAGAGUACGAGUCAGAGUCAGGAAAUGAGUCAGAGUCAGAGGAUAAGCAAAAGGAAAUAGCAGAGGUUGAUGUGAAAAUGCAUCUAUGCGCAGGCCCAAUGCCGAUUAAAAAUUUAAUCGAAAAGUUUAAAAUGCGAUUUAAGGCUAACCCAAAGUCAAAGGAGGUGUUUCGGCAUAUUAUAAAGAAAAUAUGCGUAAUUAAAACAGACCAUGCAACGGGAGAAAAGGUUUUAGUUCUUAAGGAAAAAGAAAAGUAA